AUGAAGUUAGGAGUUGGGACCCUUGUUCAUCUGUUCCAUCUGUCCGAUUACAAUAAGCGAGGGUCCCUCGUGGAACACGCGCUCACUCUUCUCCCUGCCGUUCCGAGCGCAGCCACUUACGCACGAAGCUUCGGGUCUUCUAUUGGGAUGUACAAUAAAGAAUCCUUGUCUAAGAAGAGUUCUCGAGAAUCAGGCAGCAGCGGGAAAUGUGUGGAUCCUCGAGCAGCUCGAUUCAAUAGUUCGGUGUUGAUGUUGACCUCGCUCGGAGUGGCACAACUAGUUACUCAAUUUCUGGUCAAUCACAUAGUGAUGCUUAUCGCUCAGAUGAUAAUCCUAUUUCUAUGUGCAUUUUCACAUGAAUGGAACUAUGUGCAUGGAGAAGCCCUCACACGCCAUCGUCGAGCUUAUCUGAACAUCGCAAAUGUUCUGGAAACGUAUCAGCCACGUGCAAGGACUAUGGGACACCUUUUCCAGCCGGAACCACCAACUCCUGGUUAUGUGGCUGUUACGGAAACAGGAGGAGAAGGAGAAAAAGACGAUAAACCAAACGAAUUUCUAAAUCAACGAGAUGCGCAUUACGCUGGAAUGUACACCCAUGCAGUUCAAAUGAACAGAGAAAUGGACCUAAUGAAUAGGAACGCCGCCGCGAGCUCAUCACUCGACGCAGCUCAACUCGAUGUCAAGUUGGUUCCGGCAAAUCCUGAAAAAGAUAAGAAAGAACACGAAGAGAAAAAGAAAAGAGAGGCGGAAGAAUACCAGAAACAAUUUGAGAAGCCUUUUUCUUGCUAG